UUUUCCUUUCUGGAGACUAUGGCGAAGAAUAAUCUCUUAAAGGUCACGAAAGAAGUAUCGCUUAUGUCUAGGUGGAUGGCUAUCGAUCUGUACAUAAGAGAGAUUGAUAGCUUAAGAUUUGAACUGUCUAUGAAUCGAUGCAGCGAUAGAUUGUCAAGAUUGGCAGAUGAGAUUCUUGAAAAAGAAAUUUCUGCCCAAGAAGAUAUUGAAAGUUGGGGUACGAAUGUAGGAAGAAGCCAACCAAAAUUUCCAAACCAGCAGGGCUUAUCCCUACCCACUCAACUUCCACCUAGAGCUGACCUUCCCUUAUGUGCUGAAUGUGGUGAAUCACAGUAUCCCAAGCUUGAAGUUCCUGUGACAGAUUAUAUUCCACUCAGUCGCCAGGAUGUUCAAGGCAUUUCAAGUGAUGGAUAUGGCCCAAAUUUGCAAAUAAAGACAGGAAAUGGAAAUUCCGUCAACUCUAAUGGUUCUCAGCAAACUAUUACUCCACGAGGUUCUUCCUCCUCGAGUUCACAACUUCUGCUUCAGAAGAAACUACUUGCUGAUUCUCAGAUUGGGAGGACCAGCUUUCAGAAGCUAUUAGAACCAACUCCACCUAAACGAGCUGGAAUUGCUCCUUAUCGGAUUGUUCUUGGGGAAGUUGAGGAAAAGCUUUUGAAGACAAGAAGGCUUCUGGAACUUCUUCUUGAGGGUCUUCCUUGUGAAUAUGAUCCUUGGGAUUACUAUGAAACAUCAGACCAACUUUUGGAACCACUACUUCUCUGCUAUGAAUCUCUGCAUUCAUCUGAUUCCGGAGUUCUAGCUGAUGGCCGGCUUGCUGAUUUGAUCCGUAGAGUUGCUACUUUCGGCAUGGUUUUGAUGAAACUUGAUUUACGACAGGAAGCUGCAAAGCAUUCCGAAGCUUUGGAUACUAUUACAACAUACUUGGACAUGGGCACAUAUAGUGAAUGGGAUGAAGAGAAGAAGCUCGAGUUUUUGACAAGAGAACUGAAAGGGAAACGUCCUCUUAUUCCCCCAAAUAUUGAGGUCGGUCCUGAAGUGAAAGAAGUACUAGACACUUUCCGAGUUGCUGCUGAGUUAGGAAGUGAAUCACUGAGAGCUUACGUGAUUUCCAUGGCUUCAGACGCAAGUGAUGUCCUCGCUGUGGAACUUCUACAGAAAGAUGCCCGACUUGCCGUCAGUGGUGAUCUGGGAAGACCAUGUCCUGCUGGAACACUGCGAGUGGUUCCUCUUUUUGAAACGGUGAAAGACUUAAGAGGCGCUGGCUCCGUGAUAAGGAAAUUGCUUUCAAUUGACUGUUACAGAGAACACAUCGAAAAGAACCACACUGGACACCAAGAGAUAAUGGUUGGAUAUUCUGAUUCUGGAAAAGAUGCUGGUCGCUUUACUGCAGCAUGGGAACUAUACAAAGCCCAGGAGGAUGUCGUGGCUGCUUGCAAUGAAUUUGGCAUCAAAGUUACAUUGUUUCAUGGACGAGGAGGAAGUAUUGGCAGAGGUGGUGGCCCAACUUAUCUCGCCAUACAAUCCCAGCCUCCAGGUUCUGUGAUGCCAGGGAGGAGCUGGAGUUUGGGAAUGUCUACAAAACCAUAUCGCUUCUCCAUUUGCAUAAGCUAAGGGGGACUAAUUCUCUGCCAGAUUGUCCUACCAUACUCUGCUGCAGGACAAAUCUCUGCUCAAUUUCAACGUCCUACACUGAGACGCUUCUUGAGAUUCCAGUCAAAUUCUGUUCAGUUCAAUACUCAAAACUCAUCAUCAUGCUUGCAUUUUACACCCUCUCACAUACUAUUACAGGAUUCUCAGCCCUCUAUAAAACAUACAUUAGACAUCCACAAUUUCUCAAUCAAUUUGAACGAGGAGAGAUACAACAAAAGAGACAGAGGAUCAGUUGGAUAUGUGUGUUUGGAUUACCAGAUUGCAUGAUCUAGUGGCUAGGCUUCAGUCUUGUUGUGUUCCAUCAAGUGUCUUCUUGAAAUG